AUGCUAUUUCGGAGGAACAGCCAUCCUGGGGCCUUGCGAUGCUGCUGCAUACCCGGCAGAAACGCGUCACCUGCAGUUGCUCUGCCGCAGCGGAUUCUGGAUGUAAGAUACGGAUAUGACCUAUCCAGAAGCAAUGGUGACACCAGCAAGCACCCGUCAGUCAGGAAAGAAAGCCGAGAGAAGCGUGUGGGUUCGGAAGAAAGCGGCAUGAAGAUUACUAGCGAUUAG